UUUAUUGAUAGCUUCACACACAGUGGAGUAUUUUAAGACAGCAGGCUUGAAAAGAAAAACAAGCUCUGAAUUAUCAUCUCAGGAAAUAAAAAUUAUUAUUAUCAUCUUUACGGUUAAAAAAAGACCUGACAUCAAAACAAGUCUGACCUUCUGUUGGAUCUCUUGGACACAGCAAGAUAAAACAUGCACCUUUUCUCUUCAGCUGUUUUCACGAGCCUUCUGACGUGUACGCUGUGUUGGGUGUCUGAAAAAUGCUUUGUCUUCGAAGAUUACAUGGACGAAAAAAUAGUAAGUAAUUGUCCAAAAAGUAACCUGUCAGGAUACUGUAAAGGUGUCUCCAAUGUCCAGUUUGAUCUUGCUGGGAUUCCUUCUCAUCUCGAGGUCCUCUGUUUGCACCUUGCAAAGGAUUCGUGUCUGCAUCCUAACUCUUUCUCAAGGUUUACGAAGCUUACUUUCUUACAAAUCACAGGCUCUGUCUCCACUGUCCUCCCAGGAGUUUUUAAAAAUCUUUUGAGUCUGAAAACACUCCAAAUUGAUUGCUCACAAUCUCGUAACAUUGACUUUUCACCUGAGAUUUUCAGUGACCUUCAGAACGUUACAACGCUUUCGAUAUUCAACUGCAAGCUCUCAUCCAUGACAAUAGACGUGUUUAAAGGGAUGGUGAAGUUGGAAAGUCUCGGGUUGAUUAACAACACAGAGGACAUUUCUGAUUUGUUGUGCAGAUUAACAUUUGUGUCAUCAUCAUUAAACUAUUUAACUGUAUUUUCUGAGAAUUUAGUUGUUGGUAUAAAGCCGACUUGUAAUUUUACUAACGGGACUUCUUUUCAUCCUAAGUUUCAUGAAAUUGAGAAUGUUUAUCUUUAUGUUAAUCUGGUUAAAGUAAUAAAUAAAACAUUGAUAAAAUACUUCCAGAAAAUUAAUAAAUUAGGCAUAGAUUGUACUGGAUUUGAAGUUUUAAAAUCUGAAUUUACAAAAAUUGACAUUUUAAGUAUAAAUUAUUUCAGAAAGAAGUUGAGUAGCUUUGAAGAAAUCUGUGAAGCCGCACACAAACUUUCAACGAGUGCAGUCAUUGUGACAUUCCCAAAUGUAACCGAUUCCUUUGUGCCUGAUCUGGAUAGAUGCAUGGGGCUUGAAAGCUUUAAAAUGAUUUGUGAUUUUCGAACUAAAGCAAUAAAUUUAACAUUCAUUAAUGUUCUGAGAAACCUUACAUCAUUGUGGAUUGAUUGGAAAGUUACUCCAGAGAGUAUUAAUAGGGACAGGGCAUUGGCACUGUGUGAAAAUCAGAGUGAUCUUAUCACAAAACUCAAAACAGUAAAUCUUUUUACAAACAAUUUCAUAAGAAUUGGCCCCAGACAUUUUAGCUGCCUACAAGAACUUGAGGAACUGUACUGGACUGACAGUGAGAUUGAACUUAUUGAAGAUUUUACAUUUAACAGUACAAGUUUUCUUAAAAAAUUGGACCUCAGUCGUAAUAAAAUAUCUCACCUUACAAACUUUACCUUCUUCGGUUUAUCUAACCUAAAAACUCUCCUACUUCAAGAAAAUAAACUGCUUAUGAUUGAGACGUGGACUUUACUUCCUUUAACAUCUGUAGAGUUUGUAAAUUUGGGAGUCUUUCAGUAUUCCUCCUCUGAACCGUCAAAGAUCCAGAUCAACCUCAGCCUUCCUGAAAACUUGACUAAGUUGUCCAUCAGCUCUGGAAUACGACCAAUGACUCUUAUUUUAAGUAGGAGCAAGAAAUCCCAGGUGGGGCUCAGCCUCAAUGUUUCUGGCCAGUCUGUGACUUUUCAGGAUUGUGACAAUACGCUUUUCAAAUCUCUUGUUGAAUUAACUGCAGAGACAGAGCAAUUGCUCUGUGGUCAGUCCUUUCCUGGUCAGUUCCUCAAGUCUUUAAGACAUCUUAUGAUCAGAGCAAAUCACAAAACAGGACAAAUGGACUUGACAGAUUUAAACCAACUGGUCAACCUGAAGAGUCUGAUCCUCUUUAAUGUGGAUUUGUCUCAGCAGUCUGGUGUUGAUGUGAUUUUUCGCAACUUGUCCAAUCUAGAGUAUCUCUAUAUGUCCUUUUGCUCAGUGCCUUUAUUGGAGAUAGACUUGAGCAGAGACCUGAAGUCACUAAAAGUGAUGUUUUUGCAUGCAGACGAUGUGUUCAGUGUAAUGGAAAACUUUAUCGAGCCCCUGAAAAACCUUCGCUAUCUCAUCCUAAAAGACGCACUCCUACACUGUAGCUGUGACAAUGCUUGGAUUACCAACUGGGCAAAGUAUGUAAAAAACGUUCAGGUCAGUUUUCGUGAUAGCGCAUUGGAAAGGUUACCAUGCAAAACUGCGGAUGAAACCAAGUUCCUGCAGAAAUACGCUCAAGAAAACUGUUUCAAUGAUAUUGACUUUCUCCUUUUUGUCUCCACUUCUCUGGGACUGGUGUUCUUCAUGCUGGUAGUGCUGCUCCACCAGCUGGUUGGAGAUUACCUGUUGGCUUUCUUUCACAUAGCUCGGGCCUGGGUAGAAGAAGCCAUGAGGGCAAACAGAAAAGGACAUUACCACUUUGAUGUUUUCGUGUCUUACUCUGGGAAGGAUGAGCGCUGGGUGAUGGAUGAACUUCUGCCCAACCUGGAGAAACGUGGACCCCCAUCCCUCAAGCUUUGCUUGCACAGCAGGGACUUUGAGUUAGGAAAGGACAUUGUGGAGAACAUCACGGACAGCCUCUACAGAAGCAGACACACGCUCUGCCUGGUUAGCCACAACUACCUGCGGAGUACCUGGUGCUCUCUGGAGAUGCGUCUGGCAACGUACAGGCUGCUGGCUGAACACAGGGAUGUUCUUGUUCUGGUCUUCCUGGAGAAGGUUUCUCAUCAACUCUUAAAUGUACAUCAUAGACUGUCCCGGCUGGUGAAGACCCGGACCUACAUGGACUGGCCACAUGACCCGGCACUGCAUAAUGCAUUCUGGGAUAGACUGUGGAGAAAACUCGCACCCGAAUCUGCAACCUAACUUAAAAUGUUAUUGUUUUAGCGGAAGAUGUGUCUUUACACAAAGACCUGAAGUCCCAAAGGAGUAGAGGCAAAAAGUUUAUUAUUAAUUCCUCUGGUACUUGUAGUCCCAUAUAGUUUUUAUGUGAAUGUGAAAAGGAUAUUUGUAUAGUCAUUUUGCUGCAAAGAUGCAGUCAGCUGGCGUCACAUGGUACGAAAAGUGAUAGUGUUCGGCCCUCCCGACUGAGUGGUAGUAGUAGCCUUAAUGUGAGAGUGCCCCUAGUGACGGGGAGAAAUUUAACACAACUAAAUUAGG